CGGGCAGCCCCCUCCCGCCAGGCCCUGUCGGACCCGCUCCGUCUUCUUCUCCUUGUCACCCGCGGUUGCCUCUGGCGGGGAUCCGUGCCCCGGAGCGCAAAGCCUGACGCUUCCCCCCUUCUCUCAUCACCCCCCCCCCACCUCCCACCACCCAGUCCCUGGCGGCGAUGAGACAGAGCGGCGCCUCCCAGCCCCUGCUGAUCAACAUGUACCUGCCAGAUCCCGUCGGAGACGGUCUCUUCAAGGAUGGGAAGAGCCCGGGGUGGGGGCCGCUGAGCCCAGCGGUGCAGAAAGGCAGCGGGCAGAUCCAGCUGUGGCAGUUUCUGCUGGAGCUGCUGGCGGACCGCGCCAACGCCGGCUGCAUCGCGUGGGAGGGUGGCCACGGCGAGUUCAAGCUCACGGACCCGGACGAAGUGGCUCGGCGCUGGGGCGAGCGCAAAAGCAAGCCCAACAUGAACUACGACAAGCUGAGCCGCGCGCUGCGCUACUACUACGACAAGAACAUCAUGAGCAAGGUGCACGGCAAGCGCUACGCCUACCGCUUCGACUUCCAGGGCCUGGCGCAGGCCUGCCAGCCGCCGCCCGCGCACGCCCACGCCGCCGCCGCCGCCGCCGCCGCCGCCGCCCAGGACGGCGCGCUCUACAAGCUGCCCGCCGGCCUCGCCCCGCUGCCCUUCCCCGGCCUCUCCAAACUCAACCUCAUGGCCGCCUCGGCCGGAGUCGCGCCCGCCGGCUUCUCCUACUGGCCCGGCCCGGGCCCCGCCGCCGCCGCCGCCGCCACCGCCGCACUCUACCCCAGCCCCGGCUUGCAGCCCCCGCCCGGGCCCUUCGGCGCGGUGGCCGCCGCCUCGCACUUGGGGGCGCACUACCACUAG